AUGCUGGGAACCCCCGUCUCGGCCCCCUUCUACGUCACGGCCACCGCGCUGGGCAAGCUGGGCCAUCCGGACGGCGAGGUCUGCCUCACGCGCGCCUCCGCUACCCACGACGUCGUGCAGAUGAUCCCCACCCUGGCGUCGUGCUCCUUUGACGAGAUCGUCGAUGCAAAGACCGACAAGCAGACCCAAUGGCUGCAGCUCUACGUCAACAAGGACAGAGCCAUCACCCGCCGCAUCGUCGAGCACGCCGAGGCCCGCGGCUGCAAGGGCCUCUUCAUCACCGUCGACGCUCCCCAGCUCGGCCGCAGGGAGAAGGACAUGCGCUCCAAGUUCGCCGACCAGGGCUCCAGCGUCCAGGCCACCACCGCCUCCUCCUCCUCUGCCGCCGCCGUCGACCGCUCCCAGGGUGCUGCCCGCGCCAUCUCUUCUUUCAUCGACCCCAGCCUCUCCUGGAAGGACCUGCCGUACUUCCGCUCCAUCACCAAGAUGCCCAUCGCCCUCAAGGGGGUGCAGCGUGUAGACGACGUGCUGCGGGCCGUUGAAGCCGGCAUCGAUGCCGUCGUGCUCUCCAACCACGGCGGCCGGCAGCUCGAGUACGCGCCCUCGGCCAUCGAGCUGCUCGCAGACGUCAUGCCGGCCUUGCGUGCCCGGGGAUGGGACCGCAAGAUCGAAGUCUACAUCGACGGAGGCGUCAGGCGGGCCACCGACAUCCUCAAGGCCGUGUGUCUGGGCGCAAAGGGCGUGGGAAUUGGCCGGCCGUUCCUAUACGCCAUGAGUGCCUAUGGCACCGAGGGCGUCGAGAAGGCCAUGCAGCUCCUCAAGGACGAGAUGGAGAUGAACAUGCGGCUGCUCGGAUGCACCAGCAUCGACCAGCUGGGACCCGACCUGCUUGACACCAGGGGGCUCUCCGUCCACACCGUCUCGGGGCCCAUCGACAACCUCUCUCACAGCGUUUAUGACCCCAUGAGCUUGCCUGCAGACAGGCCUGUUUCAAAGCUAUAA